CUUGACACCAUGAAGAUCCCAGUUCUUCCUGCUGUGGCUCUUCUCUCUCUUCUGGCGCUCCACUCUGCCCAGGGGGCUGCCCUGGGUAGUACUGAGGAAGCAACCACCAUUGGUAAUUAUGCGGCAGGACCUGAGGGCUUUAACACGCAGUUCCUGAACAUUGACAAGUUGCGAUCUGCUUUCAAGAAUGAUGAAUUCCUGAACUGGCACGCCCUCUUUGAGUCUAUCAAAAGGAAACUUCCUUUCCUCAACUGGGAUGCCUUUCCUAAGCUGAAAGGACUAAGGAGUGCAACUCCUGAUGCCCAGUAACCAUUCCCUUCAAGAACCGGCACUGCUGACCCCCCUGAAAGAGGGGGAUGGCGUGGGAUCUGACUCCCAUCCUACAACAACUAUUUCUUGGCUCAACUCCAAUAAAAUGUUUUCCAUCCAAACA